AUGGACGAUGAUCUUGAAAAACUUGAAGGCACUCUGCAAAACGUACUAGAUCAGGAGGAUCUUCGAUGGAUAUUUGUUGGAGGAAAGGGAGGUGUAGGCAAAACCACUACCAGUUGUUCAUUGGCUACGCAGCUGGCCAAAGUUCGAGAGUCUGUUCUACUAAUCUCUACUGAUCCUGCACACAAUUUAUCUGAUGCAUUUGGACAAAAGUUUUCCAAAAACCCUCAGUUGAUUAAUGGUUAUACCAACCUGUACGCCAUGGAGAUUGAUCCAACAGGUAGCAUCCAAGAAAUGAUUGAAACCCAAGAUGCUGGUACUCAAUCGCAACUGCAGGAUCUAGCUUUUGCGAUUCCGGGUGUCGAUGAAGCCAUGAGUUUUGCAGAAGUCAUGAAAUUGGUCAAGUCUAUGGACUACUCGUGCAUUGUGUUUGACACUGCUCCAACUGGACAUACACUGCGAUUUUUGUCAUUUCCUGGUGUACUGGACAAUGCUCUUGGCAAAUUCUCGCAGCUUGGUAGUCGUCUAGGACCAUUGAUGCAACAGAUGGGACCAAUGAUGGGCAUGGAUGUUGGCCAAGAAGAUAUCUUUGGAAAACUUGAAGGCAUGCGUGAAACCAUUCAGGAAGUUAAUUCUCAAUUCCAAAAUCCUAACAAGACGACGUUUGUCUGUGUAUGCAUAGCAGAGUUUCUUUCGCUCUACGAAACUGAACGCAUGAUCCAGGAAUUGACUUCGUUUCACAUUGACACCCACAAUAUUGUUGUAAACCAAUUGCUCUAUCCAAAAUCAGGGUCCAACUGUGAGCAGUGCCUUGUACGGGCCAAGAUGCAAGCCAAAUAUUUGGAAGAAAUUGAUGAACUCUACGAGGACUUUCAUGUUGUCAAGAUGCCAUUGCUGACACAUGAGAUUCGUGGAGUGGAUAGAAUCAAGACUUUUUCAGAGAUGCUGAUCCAUCCCUAUGUUCCAGAAAAUUCGAAAUAA